AUGGGCUGUAUUGAGAGCAAAGAAAGUCGAGCUGCAACGGCUCGUUCUCGUGAUAUUGACAAAACACUAAAGGCUGAUUGUGAAGCAUCUAGCAGAGAGGCAAAACUUUUACUUCUUGGAGCAGGAGAGUCGGGGAAGAGCACAAUCGUUAAGCAGAUGAAGAUCAUACAUAUGUCGGGCUAUUCUGAAGAAGAAUGCAAGAAGUACAAGCCUGUUGUUUUUAGCAACACAAUUCAGAGCAUGGUUGCUAUAUUAAGGGCAAUGGAGCAGUUGCAGAUUUGUUGUGCUUGCCCAAAUGCUAUGAAUGAUAUUUCUACAAUUCUGAGCCUAACACGGACGGACGUUGAAGUACUCCCUGACGAGGUAUUCAGCGCUUUGAAAAGACUAUGGUACGACCCAGGUGUUCAGGUAGCUGUUAGUAGGUCUCGUGAGUUUCAGCUAAACGACUCGGCAUCAUAUUUUCUUGAUUCACUGGAUAGGUUGUCUAGUACGGGCUACAUCCCAACUCAGCAGGAUGUUCUUCGGACAAGAGUUAGGACAGGUGGGAUUGUAGAAACCCACUUUUCUUUUAAAGGGCUUAACAUAAGCGAAUAUGAUCUAACCCUUGCAGAAGAUGAAGAAAUGAAUAGAAUGAUGGAAUCUAUGAGACUUUUUAGUUCAAUAUGCAACAACCAGUGUUUCGCAGAAACAAGCAUCAUUCUUUUUUUGAACAAGCGAGAUUUAUUUGAGGAUAAAAUUAUGAAAUCCCCAUUAACUAUAUGUUUUCCGGACUACAUUGGUGGAAAUAAUUAUGAAGAGGCAUCAGAAUAUAUUCGUUCACGUUUCGAAAAUCUGAACACUCGAAGUGGGUCUAAAGAUGUGUAUUCCCAUUUUACGUGUGCAACAGAUACAAGCAACAUACAGUUUGUUUUCGAUGCAGUAACUGAUGUGAUCAUUAAAAAUAAUCUCAAGGAUUGUGGAUUGUUCUGA